CAGAGACCCUUAAAGUUGAGCUUAAAAAACAGUCAGAUGUCAUGAGAGCUAAACAGAACACAAUUGGCAAUCUUAAGACCGCAUUGGAUGCAAAACAAAAGGUAAUCGAAGCUCAUAAAGAGGAGAUUAAGAGACAACGCAAAGCUGCACAAGAGACAGAACUGGAAGUGAAAAGAAAUCGCCAGAUUGAAGAAAUAACAAUGAAGCGAAUAAAGCACAAAGACGAAGAAAAUUUGAGCCUACGAAAGGAAGUCACGUCACUACACAAGUCUUUGUAUGAAUUUGAGAUGAAGUUGUCAAAACUAGAUUUGCAGUACCAAAUCCUCCAGGAGAAAUCUGAACAGGCUCAUACAGACAAAGCAAUCCUGGAGAAAAAAAACCACACACUGGAAAUUUCUACAGCGAGUCUUGAGAGAGAGGUUGUUGAAACCCAGACACUGCUAGAAAAGUCCCAGCAAGAGAAUCAGUUACUUAAGAAUCAAGUGGAGCAGGUCAAGAUAAAGCUGGCUGAAACGAUUCAGAGCUCCAAGGAAAGUAAGAUCAAAUUUGAAAAAGACCUCCUGCGUACACAGGAGGAUUAUAUGAAACUGAAUAUGGAGAGAGAAGAAGCUCUGACAAAAACCAAAAGAGCCACAGAAGGACUAUACUCUAAUGAGAAAAAAAUUGGAAUACAGGCAGAUUUAAUUCGCGAACAGGAAUGUAAGAUUAUAGAGCUAAAUAAGGAAGUUCUGCGACACCAGGAGAAUGCUCAGAAAUUUAAAAUGGUUAGAGCAACUUAUUCAAAGGUGCAAAGGUUAGGGUUAGAUGAAGAGAAAGGAGAUAUUAUACUUCUCCCAGACACCGACAGGAAAACGGAAAAACUCAAAAUGUAUCGCGCUGAGAACCGCAGAUUGUCCAAAACACUGGAAGAGAAAGACAUAGAAAUUGAGAAUCUCAAGGUUGAGGAGGACAAUCUGCAGCAUGAGGUGAAAAAUCUCAAGUCUAAGUUAGACUAUCUGCCGGAAGAUACAUUGCAUAAAAUCCAGCCCGAGGCGGGCGUAGCAGGAAAAAUUCGAUGGGAGGUGCUGAUGAGCGGGUUCACAGCGGCUAUGCGGAAGUGA